AAGACAACAGUUCCAAGCCAGAGGCUGUCCUAAAUACUAAGGCUGAAAUGUGCAGCUUCCUCCCCAUUCACUCUUACUCUUUUGAUCUGAAGAUUUUCUUAUAAACUAAUAAGCAUCAGGCUUAGAAAAAGAAAAGAAAGAAAAAAAGGAAAAGAAACCACAAAUGACUCAUCGCUACCAAUAAUAACCUUCUAUCACAGAGAAGACUUCACUUUUCAGCAUUUGUCUACAGUGCAAAGAGGGGGGAAGAUAUCAAACUACAAAUGAAAGCUGUUUACAACUUGAGCUCCUCCAGAACUGAUAUCAACUGCACCAGCGACAACCAAUUCAGUAAAGUUCUGUUCCCCGUGCUCUAUACAGUUCUGUUUCUUGUGGGCAUUGUCAUGAAUGGCCUGGCAAUGUGGGUUUUUUUCCAAAUCCCCAGUAAAUCUAAUUUCAUCAUCUUCCUUAAGAAUACAGUAAUUUCGGAUAUCUUCAUGAUCCUGACCUUUCCAUUCAAAAUUCUUAGCGAUGCAAAACUGGCACCUUGGAGAUUGAGGGGAUUUGUCUGUCGGGUGUCCCAAGUCAUAUUUUACUUCACCAUGUAUAUCAGCAUUUUGUUUCUGGGUCUAAUAACUAUUGAUCGCUACCAGAAAACUGUCACACCAUUUAAAACAUCAAACAACCUUCUUGCCACGAAGAUUCUGUCUGUGGUCAUUUGGAUAGCAAUGUUUGCUCUCUCCCUGCCUAACAUGAUUUUGACAAAUAAGGAACAGACACGUGAAAAAGUGAAGAAAUGCGCUCUCUUGAAAUCUGAUUUUGGGUUAACAUGGCAUGAAAUUGUGAACUACAUCUGCCAAUUAAUCUUCUGGGUUAAUUUGAUUAUCAUAGUGGUAUGUUACAUGCUCAUAAGUAAAGAACUGUACAAAUCAUAUAAGAGAACAAAAUGCACAGGGAAAGUUUCUAGAAAGACAGUAAAUUUGAAAGUUUUUAUUAUUAUUGCAGUGUUCUUUAUUUGUUUUGUUCCAUUCCAUUUUACCAGAAUCCCCUACACCUUGAGUCAAACAAGAGAUGUUUUUGAAUGCUCUGCUCAAAACGCAUUGUUUUAUAUGAAAGAGAGCACCCUCUGGUUAACAUCUCUAAAUGCCUGCUUAGAUCCAUUUAUCUAUUUUUUCCUUUGCAAAUCUUUCAGAAAAUCCUUGCUCAAUAUGUUACACAAACAGGUGCCUUCAGAGCUUGGAACAAAAAUUAAAGAGCAUACUGACGGAGAUAGUUCUGAGGAGACUCCAGUGUAGAGCGGAGAUACAUAA